AUGGUGGACGCUGCUGCUACUGUGGGGCCGCCGGACCAGUACGUCACGGGAAGCCGCACCGUGCUAACUGCGCUAUUACGACGCGGCGACGCUGUGCCCGACGAGGUGCAGCGCGUGCAGGAGCUCGUCGAGUGCGUGGACAACAACGCGCAGAAGAUUGCGGCGGCGCUGGUGGCCAACCGUCGAGGACGCGGCGUCCGCACCACUGGAGUCGACACGACCGCGCAGCUCUUGAAAGAGCAGAAGCGAUUUAUAGCCCAGAUCGCCGAGCUGUACGAACAGUUGAGUCGCAAGUCCGCUCCAGUCGCACCGCCAGCAAACUGA